ACAAGGAAUAGACAACCACACACGGCAGAAACCAUUCACGAGCGCCACCGUAAACCGUCACUACAACGCCCCCCGGGCCGGACCACUGUCAUCCCUGUCUGGCUACUCCACCCCACCCCGCCACGAGUACAGGUACGGAUAGCAUACGAAUUGUGUGUGCGUGUGUGUGUGUGUGCAGACAAGACGGCAAGACGGACAGACACACACCAACACCAAACCUCGCAACCCGCUGUUCCACGGUCAACCUUGCCCACCUUCGCCUUGCAACAACUUCCCUAUUCCACCUCCCAAAAGAGAGAGACCCCUAAGAGCCUGUCUCGCCGCGCCCCAAAACCAUCCCCCCCUUGGCCCUGCUGUGGAUCACUACGUGUCAGGCCAUUGCUCGUCUUGUCAGGUACACGAUGGUCGCUGCAUGACACAAUUCCUCCCCCACGUCUCCUGUUGUCAAAGGCCCAGCCCUGCAGCGCCCUGCCCGUUUAUCGACGUUUAAUCUCCGCCCUUAUUGAAUCCUCACCACCCCAUCCCACUUCGCUCUAACUCCUAGCCCUUCUCUCGUUCUGCGCCAUUCCGAGUCGAGUCGACCUGACAUCGCGCGACCAACCCGACCCGUGUACAGCUCAGCCAGCAAUAACCAGCAUCCUUCCCACCGACGGGCAGGUCCCUCCCUACGUUCCGUUCCCCCCCCCCUUCAUUCUUUUCUAUUCUUUCCCUUCCUCGCCGCUGUCGAAUCUCCUCUCAACCUUUUCUCUCGAACCCGAUUCGACUCAGUUUCGAUCGGUCCCCUCGUUAACGAUUCCGACGCCAUCAGCGACGACAAUCACAAAAAGACCCCGAUACGCCUACCGCCCCCUUCAGCAACGAUCGACUUCGCCGUUCCGGGCACAGGCGAGGAGGCGGACAUACGAUUCUUUCGCUUUUCUUUUGGUUUCGUCCUAUUUCAAUUCGCUUCGCUUCGCCGCCGGCCGGGUCCCGACUUUUGUAAUUACAUCUUGGCGACGCCAAACUACCACCACUAUCAGCCCGCUCCGCUCCACCUUUCCUCUCGGCCCCGACGUCGAUUAAUACGAUAACCGCCUCCAUCUCUUCCCGGCUACCACCCAACGAAGCCUACUUUCGACUGCCGCCUGCUCCAUCGACGACGACGUUGACGACGACAAUGUUUUGGAAGGUGGCCGUCACCACGGCCGCCCUGGCCUCGCGCGCCUGCGCCGAGAUCCGCCCGCUGUCCAUGGACCAAUCCAUCGAGGUCAGGGCCGUCGACGUGCUGGAACGAAACUACGAGGACGUUGCGAACCGAUAUAUCGAGAAGCGCCACAGCGCCGCAACGGUCGACGGCGAAUGGAUACCCAAGGGCGAGGUCAGCGUUAAUGCUGACGGCACCAUCAACAUGACGGCCUGGGAGUUGGAAACGACCCAGAAGUGCACCGAUGCUCUCUCCCAUCUCGACCAGGCCUCGAAUCCCUCGGGCACCUGCAUCUGCUAUAACCUGCCCAGCUUGGACGCUAAAACGGGCGUUUUUGAAGCCGACUUGCGUCUUUACAAGGUGUCGGAACCCAACGGCGUCUUCUCGGGGAUCCCGCCACAGAACAUCCAGGUCGGUCUUUCGUUCAACGGUGCUUCCGUCUCGCCCGUCAGCGCCGACAAGAUUCGCGGCACCAUCCCUCGCCGGGACGUAAGCUUUGAGGUCGACUGGUCCAGACUGCAAAAGCGUGUCCUCACGCCGCAGAUCCUGCAGACUUACCUCUUUGUCGGACAGAUCGACCAGGCUAGGAUGGCACCGCCCAUGUCCAUGUCGCAAUUGGAAGCCCUCGUCAUGCCGACUUUAACCCUUACCGGCGUCAAUGCCGCCGGCCAGACUGUUACCACGAACGUCUCGUCCAACGAAGCCGCCUUUAUAACCGGCGUCUUCUCCAAGGAAGUGAUUCAGUCCGAUCUUGCCGUUGCUCAGGCCGCAGUCGACGAAGUUGUCGCCCAACUCAAGAACGGCACUGUUGCCUUUGUUCUCCCGGGUGUGCAGAUCAUGAUCUUCCCCAUCGGUCUCGUCAUCACCAGCACCUGGCUUCUCAUCGGCCUGGCCUUUGUCGGCUUCGGCACGUACGAGCGAAUCGGCUACGCAGACAGCUACAGAAGGAGACGGGCUAUGGCCGGCGAUACAGCCAAGCGCAUAUAAAUCAAUAACUUGACGCAACAUUUACGACCAAAGAGUAUAGGGGGGAGGGCCUCCAAGAGGAGGAGGAGUUGGAUAAGCCACAUAGGCUAGGGCCUGGGAGGAUCAGGUCACUCGUUCCGCCCAUAGCGGUGCGGGAGCAUCAGCAUCAAGCAGCAGCGUGACAUGUUUUUUAUUUUUAUUUCUUGUGGCGAUUUUCACUUCAUCCUCCACGCCUUGGGGAGUCCCCUGUAUAUCGUAAAUAGUUGGAUGCCAUCUUGUUGAUUCUCUUUUUUUUUUCCACGCUCAAGUUGUCUAUAGAAACAAUAUCCCCAACCUUGCCAAUGCCACCCGUUUG